CAUAGAUUCCUCCAAGCUUGCACGCCGCACCGUUGACCACUAGGUAUGGACCUUAGGGAAUGACGGCCGUUUUGCAGAACAAUGGCUGGCGGAGGUCCUGUUAGAGAAGCUAUUACAGCAGACUGCAAGUAGGAACAUUCAUGAGUCCAGACCGGUUUUGUCGAAAGUUUCCGCGCCCGUUACUAGAGCCGAAUUUCAUCAUUUGCUGGUGAUGUGUCAUUGGAGGGACGCCAUGAGCCACGAUGAGCUUCUAAGCCCUGUUGGUCUCCGCAAAUCGGUCGCUUUUCAAUGGCUCGCAAGGCUCACUACCGGAACAAGUGUAGAGUCCACAGAAGCCAUGGCUCCGUAAUGGUCAGGCUGGCGCGCGAAGUGGUCUGUAGAAGCAGCAGAUCCGAUUAGAGCUGGCACCUCGACAAGGUGAUAGGCGCAUGAUAAACGAUGACCUCAGAUUGUAGGUGUUUGAAGGUGUUUGUAGGUAUUUGUAGCUUUUCUUAGGUAUUGUUCUUCUAGGUAUUACUUUAUUGAAGUUUAGCUCGUAGAGUCUCCACUUUCGAUCAUUCAUGCGAUAAGUCAGGACCAUAGAUUCGCCUGCAGACAUUAAUCUUCACAUCAGGGCGUAGAAGGAGCAACUGCCAUUAUUUUACGGGACUAGAAGCCGAGAAUCCGCACAUUAGUAGUAACAGUUACGAGCGAGUUAAUAUUCUCCGUCCAAUUAAGUCUCGAGCAUCCAGUCGUACAAGCAAGGGAAGAACUUACAUCCAGAGGAGAACGUGGGAGGGGGGAGUGCGAGCGGUUUCAGUGACUUGUCUCCUCCCUGAGGGUGCUGCGUUCCCGCAAGUGUCACCUCAAGUGUCACCUCAAGUGUCACAUCAAGUGUCACCUCAAGUGUUACUACGAUGGAGACUCGUUCGGAAAGCCCUCCUCUCGCCGCCUCCCUCUUAUCUCGAGCCAUGACUUUCCUCCCGGGUCACAUUAAAGAGCAACGUGAAAUGUUUGUGAGCGGUCACACGGGGACGUCUAUGUUCCAUGUCUCUGUCCUGGUCACCAUCGUAUUCAUGCUCUCUUCCCAACGCCAGCUGCUGCCGUUUCUCCCACCUUGCUUAAGGCCUCCAGAGCUUCCGAUCCCCGGGUUGCAGCUCGCUGCAUCACUGGCAGCAGAUGCUUUCUUCGUCAUCAUCCCCUCCCUCCUCACUCUCACGGUUUUGAAAGACCACCUUACAAUCACAUUCAUUAUAAUCGCAAUCAUUCUUAUGGCAACAGCAACACUGGCAGCCCUAAAUACUUCUGGCCCUUCUCUUCUCCACGGCUCCUCAUGGCCCCUGUCGCCCCCAUCCAUCACGGAUUCCGUUGUCACCUUCAGAGCAAUCCUGAUGCUGCUGACGUGCACGGCCAUUCUGGCUGUGGACUUUGACAUCUUCCCACGCAACUAUGCCAAGACAGAGUACUACGGCACGUCCCUGAUGGAUCUGGGCGUGGGCAUGUUCGUCAUUGCCAACACGGCCUCUCAGUUCGGAUCGGCCAGGGUCAAAACGCUUGCUGAAAGAAAAGCACACACAUCCAUCCAACGGUUCUCACGCAAGCUGCUGCCGCUACUGGCGCUUGCCAUUGGACGGCUGCUGCUGACCAAAAUAACCAACUACCAGGAGCACAGUAGUGAGUACGGCGUGCACUGGAACUUCUUCUUCACCCUCGCUGCUGUGCUCUCCCUGGCGCGCCUCUUCCCCUCGCCCAUCCGCCACCACCCCACACAACUGCCCCCGGGCUUCUUCCGCAGUCUCACCCCCCCCGUGGUGCUACUCAUCGGGUACCAAGCGUGGCUGACGUGCAUGGGCGGCAGUGAGUGGGUGCUAUCAGAUGACAGGGAGGCCACGUCCCUCAUCUCACUCAAUAAGGAGGGCAUCUGCAGCACAGUCGGCUACCUGUGCCUCUACCUCAUCUCACUGCAUUUCGGCACGUUUUUAAACUCCUCCUAUUCUGCCGUUCGCUCUACCCACGGCCCAAUCUUCGCCAUCAUCAAUCAACUCCUUCCUCUUGACCUCUCCCUCUGGGUGGUGGCUGUGGCAGCACAUCAGUAUGUGGAGCAAACCUCUCGACGCUCCUGCAAUCUUGCGUUUGUCCUCUGGAGUCUGGCUCAAGGCGUUCACGCGAUCCUCAUAGGGGAGCUCACGUGCCGCUCUCCAUCACUUGUGUUCCGAGCCAUCGCCCGCUUCAUGCUCCCUACCUUCCUCAUGGCUAAUGUAGGGACAGGGCUUGUCAACAUCACAAUGGAUACACUGUCCCAACCACCACUCACUGCCAUUGCGAUCAAUGCAGUCUACUUGUGUGUUCUCUGUUCUGGCGUUACAUUCGCCCAUGUACUCUUUCCUGCUAGAACAGCACAGCCCGAGCAUAAUGCAUUGAAGCACAAAACCUCAUGAGCGGAAAUAUAUGCCAGAAUACUUUUCUAUCGGACGAGUGAAGUUCAGCUGCUGUAGUGGAUGUACCGGUAUCCGGUUUCGUAGUAGUAUAUAUAAGGUUGUACAGAAGUGGUCAUUUGUUAGCGG